UCCACCCAAUGGACGCAUCUUGCAGAGCGGCGCUAAAGUCGAAAUAGUCACCUACAACGGCAUGAAGGGCAAUAACUUUGUUCGCUAUGCCAAGAUGUGGUACAAGGGUGUGAGCUUCACCAGCGAUGCGUGCGCUCUCAUCUACCUGGUGGACACAGCCGGGACGCGCACCACAACCGACACUUUCACCGAUCUGACCAAGGACUACACCCUGGCAGUGUUCUAUGACGACUCGCGCCAUGGUCCCUCUUAUAUGGCUGAAGCCCAUGACGUGAUUGCCAAUUCAGCUUACACCUGUACCGAGGAUGGCACUGAGAUCUAUGACAAACGGAUUUCGCAUCACCCAGGCAGCCGAUGGCCUGGUGAAGGUCACUCGUGUGGACAACAAGUGCUUGAUUCGCACCAGUCCCGGCAAUGGAUCGGCCACUUUGACCACACCUGGCAUCCAUUGCACUGCCUCUCUGGGCAAGACCUCGCAUCUGUUUGUUCGUCGCAAUGAGAAGCGCAUGCACUUCGAUGGAUCCUGUUUCAU